AUGGUUGGUCCAGAUAUGAAUUUAAAUGAUGAACAAAUUGAUGCGAAUUCCAUAGACAUUUUAUAUGUGUCACAAAAAGUGUGUGAGGCAACACUUAAUCUCGAAUUAAAUGGAAAAAGAAUGAAUGAAAGAUUUGAUUGUUAUAAGCGACCAAGAAAUUUGUGUGACAUCCUUGGUUUGGAGAAAUUCAAGGAAUUAAACAAUGCUUUUAACGAAUUAAACGAAUUAAAGAAGACUUGUCCUUGUCGUGAUGAACCUCGUCCUUCACACAUUCCCGAUUCUUGGUUAUACCCGAAUCCAAAAAGUAGAAAUAAAAGGAAUGCAAAUGUUUCUUUAAGUCUUGAUGAACGUGAUGAGCAUGGACGUAUAAAUGGCUGCGAAAAUGCACCGAAAAUUGCUAAAGGGGAUCUUUACCUUAAUUUAAAGCAAAUUAAUGAACUAAAGGAGCAUCAAAAGAAAUGUAAAUUUAAUAAUUUAUAUUCUGUUAAAACAAGUGCUUGGUAUGGCUACAGAAUUCAGCUCCGGCUCCGACCGGGGCCGGAGCUUUAUUUUAAAAAUAUGGAGCCAGGAUUCUAA